UUUUUUUUUUCUUCCCCCAGCCUCAGUCUUUUUUCAAAUGUUCUCCCUUCCCGCCGGAAUAAUGCUGUCAGUAGACACACGUUUGAUGUUUCUGGACGUCGAAACGCGUAUGCUGGAUCGGAUCAAGAAGAUCAAGAGGCCGACGUUUUAAUAAUAUCGCCAGAAAAAACGAUUAGGCGGCGCCGCCGCUAAGCCGAGUCGUCCGCUGUCUCUGGUCCGCCGGGCCGGUUCACUGCGCAGCUUUUGGACCGCGCGCCAUUUUGUGAAAAUUGACACAAAAUUCCCCAACCUAAAACCACCAGAGGACACGGCGUUUUGUUUCGCGUUUAAAAAAAAUGCCCCGGAUUUAAUCGCGUUGUCGUUGCGCAUCGAAGUAAAGCCGACGCCGUACCCUUAAAGCGUGGUUAAAUCAGAAUAGUGCAUUAGGUUGAUCGUUAGCUCGAGGCCAGCAGGGAGCUAACGCUACCAGGCUCGGCGGAGCCAGCUCCGCUAAGGUUAGCCCCUCUAACCCGCUCUAACAUGCUGCCCAUCGGCAAUUAGUUACAAUACUAGUCAGCCCCGAUGUUGCUUUUUAAAGCUCGGCCUGUGCAGUGCGUGCUGGAUGUGAGCGGGGGGUUAUUUUAGAAGAGUUUGCCGGGCCAGAGGACGGGGAGAAGGGAUCGGAUUUAACUCCGCUGCAAAGGGAGGGGAGAGUCUCAAGCUGGAUAAGUUUCCUCAUCAUACAGGUUAUUGGACUUUAAAUGAAGAUCGUGCCAUCAGAGGAGGAGAGACUUCAGCAUGCAAACCUUCGUCCGUCCGGCUUGCGCCCUCUUUUUCUUUACACACUGCUGGUCUUCAGAUGGCUGCUCCAAUGCCCCAUACGCACCAGCAGUACAGUGACCGCCACCAGCCAAGCACUGACCAAUCUGUUACGGUCUUACCGUACAGCGACCAGACACCACAGCUCACUGCCAAUCAGAGGCACAUGCCCCAGUGCUUUCGUGACCCAACUUCAGCUCCCCUGAGGAAGCUCUCCAUUGACCUUAUCAAAACAUACAAACACAUCAAUGAGGUGUAUUAUGCAAAAAAGAAGCGACGACACCAACAGGGUCAGGGUGAAGACUCGAGUCACAAAAAGGAGAGGAAAGUCUUCAAUGAUGGCUAUGACGAUGAUAACUAUGACUACAUCGUCAAGAAUGGGGAGAAGUGGAUGGAUCGCUAUGAGAUUGAUUCCUUGAUAGGAAAAGGAUCAUUUGGACAGGUUGUGAAAGCAUAUGACCGGGCAGAGCAAGAAUGGGUUGCCAUUAAGAUCAUCAAGAACAAGAAAGCUUUCCUCAAUCAAGCCCAGAUAGAAGUGCGCCUCCUGGAGCUCAUGAACAAACAUGAUACAGAGAUGAAAUACUACAUUGUUCACUUAAAGCGUCACUUCAUGUUUCGAAACCACCUCUGCCUCGUGUUUGAGAUGUUGUCAUAUAACCUAUACGACCUGCUCCGAAAUACCAACUUCCGCGGCGUCUCACUGAAUCUCACCCGGAAGUUUGCCCAGCAGCUAUGCACGGCACUACUCUUCCUGGCCACGCCUGAGCUCAGCAUCAUCCACUGUGACCUGAAGCCUGAAAACAUCCUCCUCUGUAACCCUAAGAGGAGUGCCAUCAAAAUAGUGGACUUUGGUAGCUCCUGCCAACUGGGACAAAGGAUAUACCAGUAUAUCCAGAGUCGCUUCUACCGUUCCCCAGAGGUGCUGCUGGGAAUGCCCUAUGACCUGGCCAUUGACAUGUGGUCCUUGGGUUGCAUCUUAGUAGAGAUGCAUACUGGAGAACCUCUGUUUAGCGGAGCCAACGAGGUGGACCAGAUGAACAAAAUAGUAGAGGUUCUUGGUAUCCCACCUAAUCACAUAAUGGACCUAGCCCCAAAAGCCAGGAAGUUUUUUGAGAAGCUUUCGGAUGGUACAUGGAGUGUUAAGAAGACCAAAGAUGGCAAAAGGUAUAAGCCUCCAGCUUCGAGGAAGCUCCACUCCAUCCUAGGUGUGGAAACAGGGGGUCCAGGUGGCCGACGGGCGGGGGAGUCCGGCCAUGCUGUUGCUGACUACUUGAAGUUCAAGGACCUGAUUCUCCGGAUGUUGGACUAUGACCCUAAGAGCCGCAUCCAGCCCUACUAUGCCCUGCAGCACAGCUUCUUUAAGAAGACUGCGGACGAGGGGACCAAUACAAGCAGUAGUGUCUCUACAAGCCCCGCAUUAGAGCAAUCCCAGUCUUCAGGAACCACCUCCAGCACCUCCUCAAGUUCAGGAGGAUCAUCUGGGACAAGCACCAGUGGCAGAGCAAGAUCAGACCCUACCCAUCACCACUUGCACAGUGGAGGACACUUUGGCACGACCAUGCCUGCCAUUGACGGUGACAGCCUCUGUCCACAGGCAAGACAGCCUUACCCACCCCCACUGGUGUGGGGCGGUGGCGUCGGACCAGAGUCAGUCACUGGGGAGACCCACCCAGUCCAGGAGACCACCUUCCAUGUUCCCCCCCAGCACCCUAAGGCCCUGCAUCCCCACUCACAUACUCAUCACCACCACGGGCAAAUGAUGGCUACGCGUCCACGCCCGCGCCACUACACCUCCCCAACACACAGCUCCUCAACACAGGACUCCAUGGAGGUGGUUCAUGGCCAUCUGUCCAUGACCUCCCUGUCUUCCUCUGCCUCCUCUUCCUCCACAUCGUCCUCUUCCACUGGGAACCAUGGCAACCAGGCCUACCAGCUCCGCCAUUUGCCCGCUGGAGCCCUUGACUUUGGUCAGAAUGGUGGGCUGAGCAUGGGGCUAGGUGCCUUCUCGAACCCACGGCAGGAGACUGGCAUGGCAGCGCACCCUGCAUUCUCCAUGGGGACGAAUACGGGGCCUGCCCACUACCUAGCAGAAGGUCACCUGGGCAUGAGGCAGGGCAUGGACCGGGAGGAGUCUCCAAUGACUGGAGUGUGUGUGCAGCAGAGUUCUAUGGCCAGCUCGUGACUGCACUGACAUUUGGCUGUGUGUUCCCCCUGUGCGUCAUUUUUAAGGUGGUGUUUUUUACUACAAGGUGUGUUGACAACAAAAGCUGCUCACGUCAGAAGGGAGAUAUCACUGAACCGCUACUACAGAGAAAAACCUUUGUUAAAAAGUAUAUAUGUAAUUUUCAUCAGGUUUUCUUUUGCAAUCAUUAGGCACAAAAUAAUACUGCGGAAUAACCAUAGUGAAAUCGAGACAUCCAUCUUACCAUUUCACCAGUUUCAUGUAACCACCAAGUAAUCACCAUAUGGUAUUAUGUGGAAAAAUCUUCUAAGGAGCAUUUCAGAGCAAAGUUUGAAGCUGUUUUGCAGCUAGCUGUUGGUGACGAAAUGCUUGGCGUCCUCUUUCAGUUCAAUCCGUGGACUGCCUGACAUUACUGUUUCACUGGUUGUUAAUUAUUUUGCCCUUUUUUAAGUGAAAUUUCACAUAAAAGCUGCUUGCAAAUCCUGUAGCUUGACAAUGAGGGGAAAUGUUUGCGGUGAUAUUUCUUGUUGUCGGUAUUGUGUGACUCUGUUAAAGGGGAGCACAUGGCAGUGGAGUCCCUAUGCGUGUGCUGGCCGGGUGGAAAGGAGACCCCGCCGGUGGAUACUGACACCAGCCGGGUCAAAGGAGAGGGAAACACCACCCCUCAGGCCUAGAGGCCCUGUAGUCCUGCACGCUGCAACUGGGCCCGGCACAGGCGAGAGCAGCGAUGGGCAUGGGAGACAAACGGAUCCAGCCCAGUGAAAGGAAGACAGUCAGUGGCUGGUUCUAGAUAACCCUUUGGCCUUAUGACUCAUGGACUUGGAAUGGGAUGGAGCUGGACAUUAUCAUUUGAAUUAAGAUGGCUUUUCUCUAUUUUUCUCUCUAGACAGCCCUUAAUUCUUUAAGGAAAUUAAAACAACUUAGAAAAGGUAAAUAAAGAAUGGUGAUUUGAGGCCUUUCUCGACAAAGAUUUCGUCUUCAGCAGGGCCCCAUAUAACAGGGUUUUAUUGUACACAACAACCUCCUAAACAUUACUUCCUUGAAAUUCACUGGAUAAGGAUUUUGCAGUGGAAAGAACUAUAUUCCAGUCUACCCUUUUAUGUUUUUGUUUUUUUUGUUUUAUUUAGUUUUGUUUUGUUUUUUUCGCCCUUUUGCAUGUAGUUCCUCAUCAGAACCACCUGCACAAGUCUCUCCAUCCAAAACAUGGAAACUGAAGUAAAAAAAAAAAAAAAAAUGAGUUAAGUGACUGCCUUUUUUCUCCUCAAAUUAUGCUGUGAAUUUUACAAGAAUUUAUUUUCCCUUUGGAUAUGUUUUUAUACCAAAGCAGUUGUUUUAUAGCAUAUACAGUAGGUGUCUGUAACCAAUAAUGUAGCAGUUCACCACUUUGACGCAAAGUUUAUCAAGAUCUUAUUUUAACGUCAACACAAACAGCUGCAAUAUAUUACUUUAGCAAAACUGGAGACCGUGUCGAGACCGUUGGCUAUUGUGUAUUUUGGCCAGAUUUAUUUGCAACGUUGUACCAAAACUGUUUCCAUAUUAAUUGGUAGAUUAUUUUGGGAGUCUUUUAAAACUUUGGUAUGUUAGAGAAUUUGGUAGUUACUCUGCAGGCUCCGGAGUAGCAAGAUAGAGGCUGAUGGUUUAAAAAAAGAAAAAAGAAAAAAAAAGGAAAAAAAGACGAGAAAAAAAAGAGAAAAAAAGGAGACUAAUGCGUUCUAUUUCUGUGUCGUCGUUUUUCUUUUGCCCAUUAUACUAUUUCAAAGGGUGUUGCUGCCUUUCAUACAUCAUUUGGUCAACUUGGCUAGUUUCUGCCAUGAAGCAAGACUUUGUCAUUGUCUUGCCAGGGUAAGAAUAAUUGUGGCAAAUCAGUUUGUGUUGAACGGUAUAGUCCUGAUUUGAUAGGGCAGAUCCCCAUGAUUGUCCUAUUCUAAGGGAAAAGGGUGUCUGUCAGCCCACAAUCACAUUGCUUUGCCUAGGCAGACAUGCAUGUCCUCAAAACAUUAGUCAAAAGCCAGAUUUUUGUUUUUUCCUCUCCAUCAGGGAUUUUUGAAGUGCUUUCUUUCUUCUGUUGCUCAUUUUACCAGCUUUGAAAGUAAACAACAAAGAAGAUCCUGUCCGUAACCACCUUGAAAGGGCAGGCCACAGGUCAUGCUGUUGUCUUUUUAUUUUUUCUUUCUUUUUUCCUUUCUUUUUUCUUUUUCUUUUUUUUAGGAGGAAUCAUCAUAAGCAGUCCCGCUUGGUAUUUCCAUAAACACAAUUGUAAAGCUACCUAUAUUGAGAUUGGGGUUUUAUCUGGAUGUCAAGGUUAACUGCAAAUUUGCAAUCAUUUUUCAUACCCCGCUGAAUUUGAGACAUUUAAAACUUGUCAGUGGUUUUAAUACUGGCACUCAUACUGGUACUAAACAUUCCAAAAAUAAAGACUGAAAAGGAAAAAAAAAUUGACUGCAGUGAUUCGAAAGUGUGCGCCUAUUUCAGAUCAUGCUGAUUGACCUCUUAUUUAGAGCAGUUGUCAUGAAAUGCAGCCCCUUUUUAAUAGUUGAAAUAGAAUUUAUGUAUAUAUUUAUAUUUUUUUAAUAAAGGAAGUAUAGAACUCACUACCUUGCUCCUGCUGGUAUGUUGAUUAUGUUUGUCAAUUUGGUGACCAUUCAGUGGCCAGGAACUCCUGUUUUCUUAGUGGCAAAACCUUGCCUUUUGGCAAAGGUACUUGACUACAUCAGGACAACACUAUGAGGUAGGGUUUGAAUCAAACAGGGAAAGCUAGAUCUUCAAACCUUAAUAAUUUUCACAGGGUAUAUUGUAAGUGCAUGUACAUCACAAACCUUACUUUUUGGUUAUAUGAGAAGCACAUGGUUGGAAAAAAAGGUUCCAUCUUUCAUAAUCCUGUUCAGUUUGUGGGUUAUACUCAAACACAUAUACUUGUUGACAUAUCUGAUCACCCGACAGAAGUUGAAGUCCUUUUAUUUAAUUUGGAAUUAUACUUUGCAUUUUUUAUUUCACAUUUUUUUCACUUUUUUUGUACAUGCAACAUGCACUAUAGAAUUGAACAGCAUGGGGGAAAAGGAUAAGUCCAUGUAUCCACAGAUUGUAAGAUCUAGUCAAGACUUUGCUGUGUUUAUGACAAUGCCCUUUGUAUUAUAUUAAGACAGUCUUAUGUAUGAUAUAUAAAAAGAAGUUAAUUGAAA